AUGCAAUAGGCAUCAACUUAAGAUUAAUUCUCUUUUGUUAGUCCUCCCAACUAAGAUAAUCCAACUCAAAUCACCAUCUUCUAGUCAAGUGCAAUGUAAACCUCAAUAUUCAUUUUUAGAUUUGGAUAAGAUACUAAGGAAACUUCAAUUAUAUCGGUUACUAAACACACUCCCCUAACUCCAAAUCAGCACUUAUACAAUAUUCUUGAAUAAUUUGGCAGCACUUUAGCAAGGUGUUUGGCCUUGAAAAUGAUCGGCAUACAGAGUUAUUUGAAAUAAUCAUUUGAAUACUUAAAUCACAACAUUCAGGACUUGAAAAUGCUUAUAUUUAAUGCAUAGGUGAUGUAUGCUUCUAAAAACCAGACGAAAGAAUUUGAAUUGGCUAGAGAUGAAUAAUGCACUUAAAUCUAAGCAUUAAUCAAUGGAAUUGAAGAUGACAGCUGCAAAUAGGCUCUAUCUAAUUUAUUAGGCAAAAUAGAAGAAGUUAGAUUUUCAAGUUAAUAUACCUUAAAAAUAGCAGAACUGCUUGAAACUGAAACUAUUUAUUUUCGAGUAAUUGAAGAAGAUAAAAGCAUGAAGACUUUCAUUGAUUUAAUCAAAAAAGACUCUAUCAUAAUUGCCUAACAGCUUUGUCCUUAUCUUAUUGUAUUGAGUGCAGUAUUUAAAGAGGUGCUUAAGUUAGAUAUGAUUCAUUAAACAUAAUAGAAUUCUUAUAGUCUAGAAAAAUUUGUAAAUCAUCUACAAUAAUUAAAUAAAGACUAGGACAUCUCAUCAUAUUGUGAAAUAAUCUCGAAAAUUUACCCUAGGCUUAAGGAUCACUUUACAGAAAUAGAAGAAAUUAGAGGUAAAAAAAGGAAUUAUUUUCAAUGUCAGUUAGCGGAUGAAGAUAAGGAUAUUUUAAACUUGUUUUAUGACAAACAAAGCAUUUAUGUGCUGUAAUUUCCACUAGAUAAGGUACUUCCUGAAGAAAUAUGUGAGUUGAUUUAAUUGACAUACUUUUUAAUUACUCAAGGAUAAAAGAAGGUUACCUAAUAAAAUAUAGAGACUAAAAUCUAAAAAAUAUUAUAGAAUGAAUAAUUUAAACAGUAUUCGUUCAUUUUUGACUUGAUUGCUGAUUGUGUUCAUCAAAGCUAAUUGAAAUUGCUAUUUUAUGGAUAUGUCCAAUGCAUUCUAGAUACUAGAUUUAUCAAAUUUACUAGUCACCUUCAAACAGACUUAACAACAUUAAACUAAUUAUCUCAGAAGCCAUAAGCAAUGUUGACUGAGUAACAAUUGUAAUAAUUGAAAGACAUGCUUUGUAUAACAAGAAGGUAGAAUUUACAAUUCCAAGACUUCACUUAGAUAAUCAAUUCAGCAGGUUAGAUUGAAACUCUGGUGGCAACAAAAUAUCAGGAAGCUCUUGAGGAGGCAACUAUUGAAUUAGAAAAUUAGUUAAAGGAGAGUCAUGAGAUCAAUGAGUUGAUCAUCAAUAAAGAACCCGCAGCCCUGUAAAUAAGGGCUAAGAAAUUGAAAUCACUUAUGGAAUUGUUUCUUAGAUUCUACAAAGUGUCAAAUGAGACUCUUUAAAAGUUGUUCCUUUAUUAUGAAAAAGUCUACGAGAUCAAAUAAUAACCAUCCACCAUUUUCCAAAAACAGAAGGUGCCAGUUGCAAAAGAUUAUUUGAGUACAGUGUAAAAUCAAAAGAAGACUCAGAAUUGGAUUGAAAUACAGAACCAAAUCUUAAAUGAUGAAGUAUUGGGAACAGAGAAAAACUACUAUAGACCCAGUGUAUACAAAAUAUUUAAGGGUUUGACUAAUCAAUAAACAAUUCCGAGUUCUGCAUCUUUGCAAAAGAUUUUGAGGAGCUUUUAAGCUAAGUAUUAGAACACAUAUGCUAAUUAAAUCCAAAGUGAUUUUGUUAAUUUAUUGAAGGAGAUUAUACAAUAUUCAUAAGACAAAUAAGUCAUCACCUUUGAAACAAAUUUUAGAAAAUAUUACAAAAAGGAAUUCAAAGAGUAAUUGAUGGAGUUGCCUCAAAAUUAAUUUGAAAGUUUGACUUACGCAUUAAAAGUGGUUUAAGCAAUAGAGGAUUAAUAGCAAUAAAAUAAUUGA